UUCUUGAUUCUGUCAUAGAUAAGUAAAUAUUAAACCAAUUAGAUACAUCAUCUUCUCAUACAAAGAGAUCAUCAAUGAAGAAUCCGGUGGUGAAGACAUGGAGAAAAAUGAAAUCCUUUGGGCAUACAAACUCUUCUACCACGGCCACGGUCAAGAAGAGCAAAUCUUGGACAGGCUCUAUUUCUCUAGAGGAUGCUAAUAGUAACGAAUCAAAAGGUAAGAUGAGGAGGAAAGAGUCUCCCCAACAUGGGUUUUUCACGGUUUGCGUGGGUCCGACGAAACAAAGGGUCGUGGUGAAGACGAAAUUGGUGAACCAUCCAUUGUUCAGGAACUUGUUAGAAGAUGCAGAGAAUGAAUAUGGAUAUAGAGGCGAUGGACCCAUUGUUCUUCCUUGCGAGGUUGACUUCUUCUUCAAGGUUUUAGCCGAGAUGAAGUCUAACGAUGGCCAUGGUGAUGAUUAUAAUGAUGAUGACGAUGAUGAUGGUUCGACCAGUUCUCCAAUAUGCGGGUUAGGUACUCCUUAUAGAUCAUGUGGUGGUGGCGGUACCGAUUCCAUUGGCAUUAGGCGAAACAGCUCGUACAAGCUUCUUCGACCUCCCUCCUUUUUCAAGUUGAAUAGAUUUUGAAGUUUUUUUUUUCUUCUUUUUUCUUUUUUUUUCUAUAGUUCAUAACAUUACCAUAUAAUUUAUUUUGUUUUGUUUUAAAUUGUGUGGAGUGGAAUUGUGAAAGAAAACUCUCUCGCUUCUCCGGAAUUUGAAAAAAAACUUGAAUUCCUUUCAAAGAUAUGUAUUUUUAAUGUCGGCUUAGAUCAUAUUUAUAACACAUUGUUAUUAUUGAUAUAUUGUAUGUACUCUAAUCUAAUUUGUUUUCUCAUUUGUAUCUUAAAGACUUAAACAUACAUGUUAAGAGGUUUUGGAUGA